UAAUCAUAGCAGCCACAAAAUUGCUGGCUUCUUGAUAGGAACAUUUUUCUUGAUUAUACCAACAUCUCGAAUUGAGUUUCAGCUCGAUAAGAACAACGCCCAUGAAACUAACAACUUCGCUAACUUUACUGACAAGCUUCUCCAGCAGUCAAAAGAGAAUUCAUUUCUCUCUGAGCAACUGCAUCAAAGAGUGAGAAUUCUCUGCUGGAUCAUGACAAAUCCCAUCAACCAUCAGAAGAAGAUGGAUAAUGUGAAACGCACCUGGGGUAAACAUUGUAAUAAUCUCAUCUUCAUGAGCUCAGCCAAGGAGACUGAAUUAGAUGUUGUCCCGCUUGCCAAUGGACCCAACAAGACCAAAGAGGCCCUGGAAUACAUCUAUGAAAACCACAUCGAUGAUGCGGAUUGGUUUCUAAAUGCGGACGAUGACACCUACACAAUCGUUGACAGUAUCCGCUAUAAGCUACAGUUCUACGAUUCCAAAUCUCCAGUUUACUUUGGCUGUAAGUUUAAUCAGGAUGAUAUAUCAAUAGGAGCUGGUUAUGUGCUCAGUCAGGAGGCAGUGCGUCGAUUUGUGGAGGAUGCUCUGCCAACUCCAAAUUUGUGCAGUGACCACAUAGAAAUGAGAAAAUGCAUGGAAACUUUGAAUGUGAUGGAAAGCGAUUUAACAGAUGCCAAUGUCGAAGAUAGAUUGUGUCCUUUCCUACCAGUUAAUCAAUUAAUUCCGAAUCAAUAUUAUAAUAAUAACAGGAAGUCUUUAUUCUGGCAUCAAAUCUAUAAAUUUAUAGAGAAAUCAGAAUGUUGCACUGAUAAUGAAAGGCCUAAUCCAUUUUAUCUAUUGGAAUAUUUGAAAUACCAUUUAAGAACGCAUCAAUUCAUAAAUACUUUAAAAGUAUUGCCUACAAAAUAGGAAUCUCAAGUGCCAAAUGAGAACACAAGUUUUUGAAUUGUGUUUUAAAAGAGAUUGCAAAUAAUUUACAAAUAUAAA